GACAUUGGUGUAGACGAUGCCGGGCUGCCGGCCCAUUCAACCGAGCAAAUGUCGAUUGGCACAAUCUCCAACAUUCCCGCAUCAUGAGUCCACUGGUCUCUUGAUUGCUAAAUCGCCGGGAGAUAAAAAAUCCGCUCGAUUCGCUGAAGCGCGCCGAGGUAAGUAAACUUUAAUGGCUGCUUUACCUCUGGCAACUGCUGAACUGUGUGAUGCAAAUCCCCACUUAAUCUUGAAUGGCGAACUCCGCGCACUCCAUCCUACUUUCCAAAUCUACGGUCGGAGGCAGGUUUUCUCUGGCCCAGUCGUGACUCUCAAGGUCUUUGAGGACAACGUCCUUGUGCGCGAGUUCCUCGAGGAGAGGGGAAAUGGCAGAGUUUUAGUUGUAGAUGGCGGCGGAAGCAUGCGCUGUGCCAUUCUAGGAGGCAAUCCUGUACAACAAGCUCAGAAUAAUGGCUGGGCUGGUAUAGUUGUUAAUGGUUGCAUACGCGACGUUGAUGAAAUCAAUGGAUGCGAUAUAGGUGUCAGAGCUCUUGCUUCACAUCCAAUGAAGGCAAAUAAGAAGGGGAUUGGAGAAAAACAUGUUGCAAUAAACAUUGCAGGAACCAGAAUCAGUGAUGGUGAGUGGAUCUAUGCUGACACUGAUGGAAUUCUAAUUUCUCGGUCUGAGUUAACUGUUUGAGCUUCAGUGCAGCUGCUGUAUUUUUAUGUAUCAUCACUGAAUUCCCUCUCUGUUGAGCUUCCAAUCUGCUUGUCUAAACUUUGAGCUGCAUCUUAAUGAAGGAAGCUGCAUCUUAAUGAAGGAAUAAUGUAAUUUAAGCUUCAGCUGAUGCAGAGUCAUCAGAACCAGUUGUUUGCAUCGAUUAUCUUAGUCAAUUUUUCCUAUAAAUCAUCACAA